AGCUAUAACAGACAUCAGUAUCCCGGCAAAGCCACUAGAGUCUAGAGUUGAGAGCCCAUGGGUUUCUCAGAAGCUGUGCAAUGGUGGGAGGAUUGGCAGCUGCGGUUCCUCGUUCUAACCAGCCUCUUCAUCCAGUACUUCCUCUUCGUCGCGGCCCUCCUCCGCAAGCGCCGCAUCCCACAUUGGUUCAGGUCCCUAAUCUGGCUGGCCUACUUGGGCUGCGACGCCGUGGUCAUAUAUGCCCUAGCCACCCUCUUCAACCUCCACAAGGACGAAGUGGCCAUGGACACGCAUAUAGACACGCUGUGGGCUCCCAUCCUCCUCAUGCACCUCGGGGGGCAGGACGGCAUAACAGCCUACAGCAUCGAGGACAAUGACAAUUGGAGAAGACACCUAUUGAUUUCGGUAUCUCAGAUCACCGUCGCCAUCUACGUUUUCCGCAAGUCGUGGUGGUCAGACGACAGGAGAUUGCUGCGAGCAGCGAUCCUGCUCUUCGUCCCCGGGAUCCUCAAGUGCCUGGAAAAGCCAUGGGCUCUCAAGAACGCGACCGUCACCACCAUCAUGACCACCCCCGAUUCACGGCUUGAAGCAACCCUUGACAAAGACAACGUGCGAAAGGACAUCCUUUCACUCGACAAGUAUGUCCAAGAGGCAGCAAAGAGCGUCCAGGACAUGGCCGACAAGCCCCUCGACGAGGACGACUUCAAACUCAAUGUCAAAGUUGGCGACAAGCCCUACCACCUCUUCGUCGACCUCGGCCACCCCUACUUCGUCCGGCUCAAGAACCUGCAGGAGGUCAUGGCGCCACGAGGGGCGAGAGAGGCGGCGCACGGCAUGGUGCGCUCGUCCCUGUCCAAGGCGUUCGACCACCUCUACACCAAGCACAAGCGGAGCCUCGGCGGCCUGCUGCGCGCCGCCGCCGUGCUGCUGACCUUUGCGGUCAUCGGGGUCUUCCAGGAGAGCCGCCGGAACGCGUACAACCGCAACGACGUCGUCAUCACCUACGUCCUGCUAUGCUGCACCGCCUCUCUGGAGCUCGUCUCGGCCUGCUUCGUCCUCGGGUGCGGCCUGCCGUCGCUCGACGACCAGAUCUCCCAGUACAACCUCAUCGGGUACCUAGCCCGCAACAAGAACUACCAGAGCUUCUGGAGCCUGGCGUCCCGGCUUGGGUGCAAGGACCGGCUCGACCGGCUCUGGUGCACAGAGCCCCCCGAGCCAUCCGCCAGCAUCACCAAGCUCGUCUACGACCACGUCGCCCGCGGGUGGAAGGAGUACAUGAACAAGCCCAUCUAUGAGGUCGUCAUGACCGGCGACUGGGAGUGGUACGGCGUGAAGACUGCGGUGGGAGCCUUCCGCCGGUUCAACGACAGCCGCGGCCAGCGGACGCUCGAGUGGGAGGGGUGCGAGGAGAUGGAGGAGCUCAAGUCGAGCCUACGCAUGCCGUUCGACGAGAGUGUCCUCCUCUGGCACCUCACCACGGAGUUUUGCUACUUCGAGCAUGUAGACACUGGCAGCGAUGCCACCCGCCACAGCAGGGUGAUGUCCAAUUACAUGGUCUACCUGCUGUUGGUGAACCCGGAGAUGCUGGUGCCCGGCGCCAGGCGCAGCCUCUUUGCGGCCGUGUACCGCGAGCUCGAGCCGUCAGGGUGCGUGGUUGAGCUGGAGCCAACGGAGACGAUACUGGAAUCGCCACCGAAAACCAAGGAUGAGAUGGCGCGGAAGAUCAUCCAGAAGGUGAAGAGCACCAUCGGCUCAGAUGAUCUUGUUCACAGAGCCUGGGAGCUCGCCCACGAGCUCAUGGAACUGGCCAGGAAGGUGGCAGAGAAGGUGGAGAAGGACCUGAGGAAAACCAAGGAGGAGGACAGAAAGAAUAGAGUGGAGGGGACAAAGCUCACAGAGGAGCAGCAAAGAGAAAAAGAGGAGAUAAACAAGGCCAAGGAGGUGGAGGAGAAGAAGCUCGUGAUUAGAGCCAAGAAGGCCGGGGACGACAAGAUGUGGGCAGUGAUCCAGGGCGUUUGGGUGGAGAUGCUCUGCUUCUCUGCGGGCAGGUGCCGAGGGUACCUGCACGCCAAGAGCCUGGGCAAGGGAGGCGAGUACCUCUCGUACGUCUGGCUCCUCCUGUCCUACAUGGGGAUGGAGACCAUGCCGGAGAAAAUGCAGAGGCCAGAGCUGCCCGUGGAAGGGGACGUGGGAGGUCUGGUGAAGUCUAUAUCGGAUGAGCUAUCAGACAAACCAGCACAAGCAGGGAGGUUGCUGGGCCGGGAAGAACUCGAGGAGGUGAGGAAGGUAGAAGCAGCAAGAGCAGACGCCGCGGCUGCCACAAGGACUGUAACCUCGUCGGUUACGCGCAUGGAAAAUGAGCCGCAGGGGGGCAGGAUACCAGCACAGGCAACCGCCGCCACAAAGGCAACGACAUCGGCUGCAGCGGUGGCGCCCAUCAUCGGUGACGAUAAUGUCUGAAGGACCCUGAAGAUUGCGUUGUUUUGAGUUCCUGGUUGCCAUUUAGUCAUUUCUGCGCAACUAGUUUUCUUAAUCUGUUAUUGGCAUGUGUGUGGUAAGUGGAAUUCGUGUUGCUAAUGCUGUUGCUGCUGAGAUUAAUCUUGUUCUGUAAAGCAAAUAAAGCUAUUCAAGGUCUGCUAGUUUUGAUUACUAUGCAGUAUGUUCAUCUAGCCCACACAUUACCCAAGAGUCCCAAAUGCUACCUUUUACUUUA